GAUCGCCAGGGUGGACGGAUCGCUUGUGCUCUGUGGAAGUGGCACUCUCUCGGUCCUCGUGGCACUCUGAGGCACUGAUGUCACGUGGUAUCUUGACACGGUACUAGGUUAUAUAACGCUGCUGCAGGAGAUAUGGCGACAGUGAAGUGGCGCGAACUGUGGUGCCAGUGCCAGGGGAACGCGAGCGCCGUGCCACACCAAGUCCUCAUCUCGCAACAGAUGACCCGCCUACACCUGGAGGCCCAAAAGCACGUGCUGUGGUACGUGGGCGCCGUGCUGGUCAUGUACAUCCUCGGCCUCGUCCUUAUCAUCAGCAAGUCGGGUCGAUCCGAGAGACAGACGGCGACCUCGGCUCUCCUCUUCUGCUGCUCGAGUCUUGCGUCGCUGGUGGCUCGCCGUGGACCCC